AUGCUCCUCUCCAGGGCAUCGGCGGAUGUGGACGCGGACGGCAUCGUCAGCGGAGAGUGGGAGGCCUCUUGGUCACUCGCGAGCUACGACGAUGUUCAGGAGUACUUCAAUCGCAGGGUGCUGAAAGAGGGCCAGCACCCUACCACGCGCCUGGCGUCCGUCAUGUCGGCCUCUCGUCACUUUGAUGUUGUCAGCGGUCUGCCGGUGCUCAGGCCCGAGGAUGACGCUCUGAUCGGCGUGAUCACCGUCAAGGACGUUAACACCAAGACUGGGAGCCUGGUGAAGGACAUCAUGACCUCGCCGCCCAUAGCGCUCCACGUCACAAACAAGGUGGAGCACGCUGCCGCCACCAUGCUCAAGUACAAGAUCCACCGCAUCCCCAUCGUGGAUGACAGCAAGCGGGUGGUGGGCAUGGUCACCCGCACCGACCUGUUCAAUGCGCUGGCGGGCCGCGAUGCGCAGCUGUGA